AGCGCGGUCCCUCUCCGGCCCGGCCGCUGCGCAAGGAGCGGGCGCGACCGAGGCCUUACGGGGGAAAGCGCUCCGGAACGGCGGCCGCCGAACGASGGGUGUGGGGAUGAGGGGCCGGUGCGGCUCAGGCAUUAUCCUGGGAAGCCGCGUGGUCCCGGGAUGCGCGGCGCGGGGGCGGAGCCCGAUGCGGGCAGGGACGUGGCCGGAGCGGCUGUAGCGGAGCGUGUGUGAGACCGCGCCGAGCCCGAGCCAGCGCCGCCGCCAUGCCCGGGCCCAACCCCAGCGCCACCAGCGUCGGCUCCUCCGGCCGCUCUCCCAGCAAGGCUGUGGCUCCCCGCGCCGCGGGAUCCACGGUCCGRCAGAGGAAAAAUGCCAGCUGCGGGACAAGGAGUGCAGGCCGUGCCACGUCCACAGGGACUGGCGGGAUGUGGCGAUUCUACACUGAGGACUCUCCAGGCCUCAAAGUCUGUCAUGUGGCAGAGGAUAUCAGAGACGCUACACGUGGGACGGAUUGUUUACAAUUACGCGCCCCACAAAGGACCUGGAGUUAUAACAAAAGAAUUGGAAUGUGGUUUCCCAUCUCAGUAAGUCAGAUCAGCAGCUUCCCUUGCUACUGUGCCCCACCAGCAGGAACCAUGACAGAGCGAGAGAGCCACGCGAUACCACACACUGUGCCGGCCUGGGGUGACCCUUAGGUCCUGAAUCCAUUUUAUUGUCUAC